CGCUCCCCCAGCAGACAGUAAACUGGAGCAAACGAAGACCGCUUACUGGACAGUCCGGUGGAAAAACAGUAGAAACGUUUGCUAACGUUCACUUUUCACGGGAGGGACGUUUUACAACUUUGAGCCGACUAGCUGGUUGGUUGGUUCGGAGCAGUGUCCACGUAACGUUAUCGUUGCUGAUGGCAAACUGAGUGAACACUGUUGCUUCGAGUUUUAGCAUAAGUAACGUUGACGUUAGCUAUAACGUUAGGUAUCGAGUCAGGAAAAGCUAGGUAACCUCGGUGUUUACGGUCGCGUCGGGUAGCCCGUUGCUCGAGCCUGUCAAGGUAUCGACAAAACGCCAGGUGGUCGGAUACUUAUUAAGGAUGGGUGACAUAAACCCAUCGACAUCCCAUGCUUUUCAGUCGGAGGGUUUCAGUCCGCCAUACAGGAGGAGGAGGACAGUAGAGGAUUUUAACAAGUUUUGCACUUUUGUCUUGGCCUACGCCGGUUACAUCCCAUACCCCCAGGAGGACUCUCCACUGCGCAGUAGUUCCAGCCCCCCCAACAGUACAGGCAGCACAGCUGACAGUGAUGGUUGGACCCCCGGACCCCCAACCUCCUGCCCUCAACGCCCCCCCAAAGUCCCCCAGGACAGGAGCAGGAAACGUCCACAGUCUAGUCACCCCAAGAAAGAUCACACAAUCAACACCCUGCACCUAGAUGACCGCAGGAAAGCUGACAAGCAGAAGAAGAAGAAAAGGCGAAAGGAGAGGGAGCAUUCGGCUGGGGAGGAGAGCGGGGUUCAGCAGGACCACUCAGCAGUUCCAGAGCUACAGUGCCCCGUCCCCUUUGGUGGCCGAACGAUCAAAGAAGAGCCUGAAGAUGACAUCAGCAUUCCUCUACACCCCCAGUGUCUGUCAAGCCCAGCCCCCUGCAAGGAGGAGCCCAAGGAGGAGCGUCGACGCUGGGAUGGUCAAGAUCUUGAGGAAGGGGUGGUGAAGGUACAAAAGGUGGAGGGCUUUUCAGGAAACAGAACGGUGUUCCGCCAGGGGAAGCAGGUGGUGUUCAGAGACGAAGACGGCUCAGGAGAGGAUGAGGACAUCAUGGUAGACUCAGAUGACGACUCGUGGGACCUGGUGACAUGUUUCUGCAUGAAGCCUUUCGCAGGCCGGGCUAUGAUCGAGUGUAACAAGUGUCAUACCUGGAUCCACCUGUCAUGCGCCAAAAUCCGCAAGAGCCACGUGCCAGAGACAUAUGUGUGCCAGAGCUGCCGAGAGACACACGGACCCCCAGACACCCGCCGUUCCCACCGCUCACGCGUAGCCCCCAGCAAACAUCUGCUUGACUGACCUCCAGGCCGAACCCUGAACUCUGACCCCCUUCCUCUUCUGCUUCCCCUCCACCUGCCGGACUGACCCUUCCUCAAAUUCAGGUCUAGCACCCUUCAGUGUGUGUCCUUCAUGGUCAGCCAAGAACCCACAUUUUCUAUAAACACUGUGGUGGACCUAUCCCAAGCCCUUAUCCCAUUUGAAAACAGUCUGAGUGCUAUUUUAGAUUUACUAUGGUUUGUUUCUGCUUCCCUACAGACUCUGUGCGUAAGGCAAUCACUGAAGGGGAUGUCUGUCUGUAGAUGACAUUAGCAUAGCAGCAAACCACUACUGUUGGGACUUGGUGUCUCGUGAACACUGGAAACAUUUGAACUGCCAUAUAAAGAGAAUACCCUCACAACUGCCACCCACUAUGGUGCAUGCUGGGAUUUGUGGGAAAGACAGUUUGCACUUUUCUCACUUUUUUUAAAAAACAUCCCUCUGACCCUCCUGUCAUGGGGACAGGUAUGUCUUUCUGAUUAAACUGAAUUUCUCUUAGAUGCCUCUAUUAAUGUUACACAAUCAACAUUUAGAAUGAGAAUACAACAUAAGCCUUGUGUUAAUUGCUUCAGACGGUGCUAUAGCAUUAAGCUGAGGUAGAACAAAGAUUUAGGAUCAGAGGCUAGAGUCUGCAUCAGCUUCAUCUGUUUUGUUUUCUGAGACAUUGUGAACGGAUAUCAUUGAGGCUUUAAGCCCGUACAGCUGAACCAAGCGCUUGUUCCUCUUCCUUUGACUUCACAAACUGUCUUCCAGCCUCGGCUACUCCUCUGAAUCGAGAUGUUACUCAGCCACACCAGGAGCGUUCCUACACACUUUUCAGAAACAUUUAAACAGUAUUCUUAUUUCUCCAGAAUUGUUUCUGAUGAGGUUUUUCGUUAAUAAAUAAAAAAAAAAAGCCAGAUAACUGACAAGAUUCAGAUAACGAGUGAUUUUCAGUAAGGUGUUUUCUGUUGCCUCUGGUCUGUGUUUUUACUGCAUUCAUGACUUAAUUUUUCAAACUGCUAUUUAAGAACAACUUUUUUGUUUUCAUGCUCAUGACAAAGGUUUCAGAGACAAGUAUAUUUAUAGAAGGGAACUCCUAUGGCCGUCCUGUUUAAGUAUCAACAGAAUAAAAGCUAUCUUAACUGGAAUAGUGUUGGAGAGAUUCUCUCAAGAGUCCAGUUGAAAUUGUGCAUGUGAGUGUGUGUUUGUUUGAAUGGUUAACGCUGUGUGAGGGUGUUGGCAAUGCAUGUGCUGCUAUGAGCUCUACGGUGUUCGCUCUUUUGAAAGAUGGUGAAAUGAAUAUCUUCAAAAAGGGCCAUGGGUAGGGUCUGGGGUUUUGUUUUUGUGCUUUUUUUUUGUCUCUGAAGGGUCAGAUCAGAAGAACAGAUCUCAGUCUCUUGUCACCUCACACCAACCUUUUCACAGCAGUAUUCAUUUGCUUCCAUAUGCAGCGGGUUUCAUGAAAAAAAAAACAUUUCUUAGAGCUUUUUUUCUCCUUAAAAGUUGCAUUUGGAUGAAAGAUUUUAAGCUUUUUCAUGUGCCAUCUGCUGUUUCUGAUUAUAUAAAAGCCAUACUGUAGAGUGACAGAUUCUAGACUCAGAACCUUGGAUAUUACUCCAGGAUGGGGUUUUACAAUGCAGAAUCAAUUACUUGACCAGGGAACGACUAACACACACACACAAAAUGAAUGUUUGGUUUAUAAAGAACACAAGACUUUCCAAGAGUUUAAAGUGGUUAAGCUCAUUUCUGCACUCUUGUCUUCUGGUAUUUACCAACGUUGGUUAACUGGUUCGUACCCAGCGGUUACCCAGGGUGUGAUGGUUUUUGAGCCAUUUCAAGACCUGAAAUCAUUUGCUGUUUCUCAGGACAUUCAUGUCUUGAAGAGAACCUGAAGAUGUCUUCAGGCACAAAUUCCUGAUUUCAGUCUGCGUCUUAAAGACAUCAGUGUAAUUAAUGUUAACAAUGCUCUUUGUGAUCCAGCUCGUUUAUUCUGAUCCUGGGUUGUCCUAUCCCCUUACUGAGAAAGCGUUGUCUGUACUGUGGUGCAAACUGUUUCUG